AUGCUAGAUCGCCCCGAUCGUGCAGGCAGGCGUCGUCCCUUCUCCACCUGGGUCAAGAAGCUCACAAACUUCAAGAGUUCCUCCUCGAGCGAUGGAGGCGGCGUCCGCCUUCCCAGCUCCAAGCGCCAGCAGGCCAAACUACACGCCAAGCUGCGAGCCUCCAAGAAUAACAAUCCCUAUCCCCAGUCUGGCCGGGUAGGCUCAGCCAGCCACGCCGAUGUCGAUGUCGAGACCAGUUCAUAUUCAUUCUCCACCGCCCUCAGCGGCAGCGCAACCUCCAUCGAACGCUCUUCUCGCAUGUCGUCCGAUGAUGGCCGAGCCCCGCCCACAACCGGCGCAAGAUCCAUGGCCCCUACGAUAUCAACAGACCACGAUGGAGCCCCCUCAGUCGUCGCCCCAUCCCACGGCGCUCCCUCGGUUGCCGGAACGAGUCGGACGAUUGGGGGCGUCGAGUCUCCAACCGCCAACAACCUCCUCACCGACAACGCGUCCAUCAUCACUUUGGCGUCGUCGUCUCAACGCCGCCGUCGUCGUUCGCUCGAUACGGACGCCUCGGUCCGCGCCUUGGCCCCCUCUUCGCUCUGGGGCGGCAGCCGGGAAAGUCUCCCUCUCAGCGUCCUCAGCGCCAACAUCGAUCAGGGCGCGGGCAUGCCGACCACCCCGGGCCUCCAUCAAAGCAGUUCACGCAUCGCCAACGCCGAACGAACCAGCAUCUAUUCGGCCACGGGCGUCGCCCCUGCUAUUCCCGGCGAGCGGAAUAGCUUUUACGCGAAGCAGAGCGGCACUGGAGACGGGGCGAGCAUCCGCAGUGGACUUUUGGGGCACGGUCGGGCAGACAGCAUCAGUGGGAGUAUUGGUGGCGUGACAAGUCCGCUGACCAGCCCUCGGGAGGCGUCAGAAAUGGACGACUCUGAGGACAGGGGUGAAGGCCCGAGUCGGGCAAAGAAUGACGAGGAGCGCUAA